AAUGAAUUACUAUUAUCCUGCCUAUUAAAGUCCUCAAUCUUCCACUAACUUCAUUAAUUGUGUUCUUGAUUUUGAUAGUAAACUCUACAUAGGAGAUGCUUAAGCAUUUUAAUAUUACCAAAAUUAUGAUGUAAAAGCCAUCAUAUCUUUUUCAACAGAACAAAGUAAGGAUAUAAACACUAUUUUGAUUAGAUUUUCAAGCUAAUUCAGAUGCUGAUCAAAUGGUUUUACAGGUAAAUGAUCGUCCCCAAUGUGAUAUCUCUGGAUAUUUUGAUAAAACCAAUAAAUUUAUAAAAAAACAUAUGGAAGAUGAUCAUAAUGUACUUGUGCAUUGUGUAGCUGGAAAAUCUAGAUCUGCUACUAUUGUGUUAGCUUAUCUUAUGUACUCCUAAGAUUGGACAUUACAAGAAGCAUUGAUUUAUUUGAAAAGUGUAAGACCAUUGGUAUGUCCCAAUCCAGGAUUCAUUCGAUAAUUGUUAAAAUAUGAAGAGAAACUAUUCGGCCAAGUAAAAAGCAAUUUAACACAUGACAUUACACCAUAUUAUAAUGUCUAAAAAGCAGACACCAUAAUACCAGAAGGGCCAGCUGUUUCAAGAAAUUAUUAAGUCGAUUAGAAUAUGUAUGGUAGAAGAUCCUCCUUUGUUUCACCACCAUCUCAAUUAAUUGGACAUUAAAGAUCAUUUUAAUAAUUCUAAUAUGGAUGGAGAUAUUAUUGAACUAAUUCUAUAUUAAUAUAAUUGUUUGCAC